CCCUUCACGCGAACCCCAUAUUAGGGUUCUUCUCGGCUCACUACCACAUUUUGUUUUCUCCGGCGGCUGCCAUUAGGGGUUCCGAGACCUCUGAGCUAAGAGGGGAUAGAUGGCUCCUGCACAGCCGAAGACGGGUCUUUUUGUUGGGCUUAACAAAGGCCACAUCGUCACCAAAAGGGAGUUGCCGCCUCGCCCUUCAAGCAGGAAAGGGAAAACCAGUAAGAGGGUGCAUUUUGUGAGGAAUUUGAUAAGGGAAGUUGCUGGGUUUGCUCCUUAUGAGAAAAGGAUCACCGAGCUUCUGAAAGUUGGGAAGGAUAAGCGUGCGUUGAAAGUUGCUAAAAGGAAGUUAGGGACGCACAAAAGAGCUAAGAAGAAGAGAGAGGAGAUGGCCAAUGUUUUGAGAAAGAUGAGAUCUGCUGGUGUUUCUGAGAAGAAAAAGUGAGGAACUCCUUCAGCAUUCUACUGCAAAAACUCAUGGUUGGAGCCUAUGUAUUUGUCUUAGAUAAACUAUUUAUCAACCUCUAUUGUUCCAUUCUGUUUUUAGGCUCAGUUUUGAACUAUUUCUCUAUUUUCAAUCAUCUCUAUUGUGGUCUGUUAGCUUGUUUAAAAUCAAAUGGAACUAAUGAAUUUCCUGCUUGAAGAUA